GGUUCGCGUUACCGUCUUUCCCAUGUUCGUACCACCUCCUUCUCUCUCUCUCCAACACACACCCAUUAACCCAUACACACAACACACAUACCCACCCAAGUCACGACCGUCAAUUCUUUUACAGCCUCUCUCUUCCAUUGGGUCAAAUUUUCAAUCUUCUUGAAAUUUUUCGUACUCCGUCUUACUGAUCAUCGGUCCCGACUUCAAAUUUAAAUUCGUCUUGCAAGUUCCUUGGAGAGAAAGAAACGGAGAUUUUCUUUUGUAUGGGAAAAGAAUGCCGGAUAUGAGAAGUGGAGUUCGGCGAUCAAAGAGGGUGAAUAAUGUCCAGGAGAAUCCUUCUGUUGUGGUUACAACUGUUAGGCCUGGCACAGGAAAAGGCCUGGCUGGUAGAGGCAGAGGUAGAGGAGUUAGAGCUAUGGAUCAAGAAAAUGCCAAACCUCUUGGUGCUGGAGCUGGAGCUGGUGGCCUUGGACGUGGGGGUUUGGACUUGCUAAAAAAAGAGGUUGUUGCCAUUCAGGAUGAGCAGUUGGUUCAGAAAUGUGCAGAAAAAUUAAAUGCUGAGGCGGAGGGGAGCACAAGUCCACUUCCUGAAAGGGUUCAGGUUGGUAACUCCCCUGUGUAUAAGUUAGACAGAAAGCUGGGUAAAGGAGGUUUUGGGCAAGUAUAUGUUGGAAGAAGAGUGACUGGUGGCACAGGGCACGCUGGGUCUGAUGCCUCUGAGGUUGCUUUGAAAUUUGAGCAUCGAAAAAGUAAAGGAUGCAAUUGUGCUCCUCCUUAUGAGUGGCAAGUAUACAGCACUCUUAAUGGGAGCUACGGACUUCCCUUGGUGUAUUAUAAAGGUCAACAAGGAGACUACUAUAUCCUAGUGAUGGACAUGCUAGGCCCAAGUUUAUGGGAUGUUUGGAACUCUAACAACCAGAUGUUGUCGGAAGAGAUGGUUGCUUGUAUAGCAGUGGAGGCAAUAUCAAUUCUAGAGCAACUUCAUUAUAAAGGUUUUGUGCACGGAGACGUUAAGCCAGAGAACUUUUUGCUUGGUCAGCCUGGAACACCUAAUGAAAAGAAGUUGUAUCUUGUUGAUCUUGGUUUGGCUUCGAGAUGGAAGAUUGCAUCUUCUGGUCGACAUGUUGAUUAUGACCAAAAGCCUGAUGUUUUCAGGGGAACGGUUCGUUAUGCAAGUGUACAUGCUCAUUUGGGCAGGACAGGAAGCCGAAGGGAUGACUUGGAGUCAUUAGCAUAUACACUAAUAUUUCUACUUAGAGGGAAACUUCCCUGGCAAGGUUAUGUUGGAGAGAACAAAGGAUUUCUUGUUUGUAAGAAGAAGAUGUCAACUUCUCCUGAGAUUCUAUGUUGCUUGUGUCCUCCUCCUUUUCAACAAUUUCUUGAGAUGGUGACCAAUAUGAGAUUUGACGAAGAGCCA